AUAAAUGGCUUUGAUUUAAACCAAAACAGACACCCCCACCACAUUUCGCUUUUCCUGCAAAAAAAUAAUUUCACAUUCAAAAUAAAAUCAUAUCUCCAUCUGCUAUACUUUCCAUCCCUUCAUUCAGUCUACUAUUCAUCAAUUUCCCAAUAUCAGUUGUAUAGGAUGAAUAUUGUGAAAAGAAUAGGAAUAAGGUGUACAAGUGAUGGGUAUUCAAGAAGAUUGUUGAAGGAGAGAGAUGCAGAGCAGAUUGAUCUUCUUGGAGCCAACCCUCCAACUGUUUUUGUUGGGAAGUGGUGCAGUCGUCUGAGGAUCAUUAGGUGCCACAACUCUAAUAAUAGCUUCUCAAUUCGACGAAAACAUCAUGCGACUCCUCGAGCGGUCCUCACUACUCCAGCUUCUGAGCCAACUACCAAGAAGCGAGUGUAUACUUUUGGCAAGGGGAGAAGUGAGGGAAACAAAAGCAUGAAGUCUUUGUUGGGUGGAAAGGGUGCAAACCUAGCUGAAAUGGCAAGCAUUGGUUUAUCUGUGCCUCCUGGGCUCACUAUUUCAACAGAAGCUUGCCAAGAGUAUCAAGAAAACGGGAAAGUACUCCCACCGGGAUUGUGGGAGGAGAUAUUGGAAGGUUUACACACAGUUGAGAAGGACAUGGGAGCUUUCCUUGGGGAUCCCCUCAAGCCUCUCCUCCUGUCAGUUCGGUCUGGAGCUGCUAUCUCCAUGCCCGGAAUGAUGGACACAGUCUUGAAUCUUGGACUCAAUGAUGAGGUUGUUGCGGGCUUGGCUGCCAAAAGUGGAGAGAGGUUUGCUUACGAUUCAUACAGGCGAUUCUUGGACAUGUUUGGAGAUGUCGUUAUGGGCAUCCCACAUUCAUUGUUUGAGGAAAAGCUAGAAAAAUUGAAGGAUUCCAAAGGAAUAAAGCUUGACACAGACCUAACAGCCUCUGACCUUAAAGAGCUGGUUGAGCAAUACAAAAAUGCAUAUAUUGAAGCUAAGGGUGAAAAGUUUCCUUCAGAUCCAAGAAAGCAGUUAGAAUUGUCUGUCAAGGCAGUUUUUGAAUCAUGGGACAGUCCAAGGGCCAUUAAGUAUCGAAGUAUCAACCAGAUAACUGGCCUAAAGGGAACUGCAGUGAACAUCCAAUGUAUGGUAUUCGGGAACAUGGGUAACACCUCAGGAACAGGCGUCCUCUUCACCAGGAACCCGAGCACUGGUGAAAAGAAACUCUAUGGAGAGUUUCUAAUUAAUGCUCAGGGAGAGGAUGUUGUUGCGGGAAUCAGAACACCUGAAGACUUGGACACCAUGAAGAACUGUAUGCCUGAAGCUUACAAGGAGCUCCUGGAGAACUGUGAGAUUUUAGAACAGCAUUACAAAGAUAUGAUGGAUAUUGAAUUCACUGUUCAAGAAAAUAGGCUGUGGAUGUUACAAUGUCGGUCAGGGAAGCGUACGGGAAAAGGUGCGGUGAAAAUUGCUGUGGACAUGGUUGAAGAGGGACUUGUUGACAUUCGAACUGCAAUAAAGAUGGUUGAGCCGCAGCAUCUUGACCAACUUCUUCACCCUCAGUUUGAGAAUCCAUCUGCUUACAAAGACAAAGUGAUUGCUAUGGGGUUGCCUGCAUCUCCUGGGGCAGCUGUAGGGCAGAUUGUAUUCAGUGCUGAUGAUGCUGAAGCUUGGCAUUCUCAAGGGAAGAGUGUCAUUUUGGUGAGAACUGAAACAAGUCCUGAAGAUGUUGGGGGCAUGCAUGCUGCUGCUGGGAUCUUGACAGCAAGAGGGGGCAUGACAUCUCAUGCAGCUGUUGUAGCCCGCGGCUGGGGAAAAUGUUGUGUGUCUGGUUGUGCUGAUAUUCGUGUGAAUGAUGCCGAGAAGGUUCUUCUGGUUGGAGGCAAUGCAAUAAACGAGGGAGAGUGGCUUUCACUGAACGGAUCUACCGGUGAAGUGAUCUUGGGUAAACAACCACUCUCUCCUCCUGCUAUGACUGCUGAUCUUGAGACUUUUAUGUCUUGGGCUGAUGAAAUAAGGCAUUUAAAGGUUAUGGCAAAUGCUGACACACCAGAAGAUGCAUUAACAGCAAGAAAUAAUGGUGCUCAAGGAAUUGGGCUAUGUAGGACUGAGCACAUGUUCUUUGCUUCUGAUGAGAGAAUAAAGGCUGUGAGGAGGAUGAUAAUGGCAGUUACAGCGGAGCAAAGGAAGGAAGCCCUCAACUUGUUGCUACCUUAUCAGAGAUCUGAUUUUGCAGGAAUUUUUCGUGCAAUGGAUGGUCUACCUGUGACAAUUCGGCUGCUAGACCCUCCACUCCAUGAAUUCUUGCCAGAAGGGGAUCUUGAACAGAUUGUGAAUGAACUAACUGCAGAUACAGGAAUGAGUGAGGAGGAAGUAUACUCUAGGAUUGAGAAACUUUCUGAAGUGAAUCCCAUGCUUGGAUUUCGAGGCUGCAGGCUGGGGAUAUCCUAUCCUGAACUUACAGAAAUGCAGGUGCGGGCAAUUUUUCAGGCUGCAGUAUCAAUGAGCAACCAGGGGAUUACUGUCCUGCCCGAAAUUAUGGUUCCCCUUGUUGGAACUCCCCAUGAAUUAGGGCAUCAAGUGAGUUUAGUUCGUGGUGUUGCGAGUAAGGUUUUCUCAGAGAUGGGCAGCUCGUUGAGUUAUAAGGUGGGCACAAUGAUAGAGAUCCCAAGAGCAGCUCUUGUGGCUGAUGAGAUAGCAAAAGAGGCAGAGUUUUUCUCCUUUGGGACUAAUGAUCUCACACAAAUGACAUUCGGAUAUAGCAGAGAUGACAUAGGAAAGUUUCUACCUGUAUACCUGUCAAAGGGCAUUCUUCAACACGAUCCCUUUGAGGUUCUCGAUCAGAAAGGUGUUGGGCAGCUGAUCAAGAUUGCCACCGAAAGAGGACGUGCUGCUAGGCCAAGCUUGAAGGUUGGAAUCUGUGGAGAGCAUGGAGGGGAGCCUUCUUCUGUUGCAUUCUUUGCAGAGGCUGGAUUAGAUUAUGUGUCCUGCUCUCCAUUCAGGGUGCCGAUCGCUAGGCUUGCUGCAGCUCAGGUUGCUGUUUGAGGAAGACCAUACUACAUGUUAUAAGCUGUAAAUAUAGAUUAGUAGUUCAGUAUAUUUUACAGUAAACUAAAAAUAAAAUAAUAAUGAUAAUUAACCAUCUACGACAUCGGAUAUACAAAGAAAUGUAAAACAAAGUGAAAAAGUGACCAUGAAAAUUGUGUUCCUUCACUACGCAAAAUGUGCUAAGUGUAUAUACAAAUUUAAUACUAAUUAAGUUUCCUUUUUAAAACUCAAA